AUGGAGGUAAUCGGCACUGCCGGUGCCAUCGUCAGCAUUAUUGAUGUCGUAACUCGCAGCAUCUCGACUCUCGCGGAUUUCGGGAAACGAAUCAAAGCAGCUAACUUGACCCUCACAAUGCUUCUUGGUCAGCUGGGUACUGUCAGAACAGCAUUAGACCAAGUUCUUGCUCUUAUCAAGGAAGGUCUCAAAGACCAAGAGCAACAUUACUUGCUGGUCAUGAACCUCGGCGACACCAUCAAAUGUUGCAACCUGCUCGUUCGGCUAAUCGACGAGCAGGUGUCUAAUUUAGAGUAUAACGAAAACAACCUCUUGGAUUUCGAAAGCAAAAUCAACCUUGUGCUGGAGAGCAAAGGCACCGAGCAGUGCCUCACCCAGCUCGACCGACAAAUCAAUGCCCUCAACCUACUCAUUACAACCUUCCAAUGUCGAACGCUACUCCAGCAAAAAGCAUUCAUGGAAGUGAGGACGACGCAACAAGUAUUUCAACAGGUCAAGGAUGAUUCGUCUUCGUUACUGGUGCUGUGCGAUAGCGAGUCUUUUAUUACGGCACGGACGAGGACGACGACUGCCACCUCGAGGUUCUCUUUGAACUUCGUCUUUGACGCUGAGCUGCUACAGCACAAGGCAUACAAAAGCACACUUCGCUCCUUGAUGAGAAGGACCCGCAGUCGUUCUAGCCCGCAGGCUGCACGUGAUGGCGUUAUUCGAACCGCAUCCGACAUGAAAGCUGCAAAAGCGUCCUCUUAUAUCGAUCAACUGCUCCAGACAGACGCCAGACAACUUCACAGCGAAAGCAAUCCUCGAAGAAAGCGCCAACUUCAGCCCAAUAGAAUUGAAUCAAAGGAAUACAAAACCCAUGUCCGGGCAAUGAAGUUGGGCAGACCCAAUUCAAACGGUGGGCAAUUAUCACCAGAUGUUAAAGAGGCGAUACGGUGGACUAUGUCACUGCCGGACCUCACACAGAGGUGCUACGUGUCCGCAGAGGACUUAAUGGACGACCUCGAACGUAUCUUACAGUAUGAUUUCAUGCCCACCGACCUUGAUUACCUGCGCUGGAGUCGUCAAUUAAGCCCCACCACCGGUGUGCAGGAGGUUGUGUUGAACAAAGGACAACUCAAGUUACGCAUCAUGUCAACAAGUGGUCAAUGGAGCGAGUCGAAGAAGUGGAUCCACCACUUUGAGAACGUUACCUCUGUCAUCUUCGUCGUAGAUCUAACCCAUUACGACGAGUAUCCACUCGUGGACGCCACACAAAACAGGUUGAUGGAGCACCUUAUCCUGUUUAACUCUGUUGCGAAUUCGGAGUGGUUCAAGAGAAGCAGUAUAUUACUCCUCCUCUCGAAUGUGGCCGAAUUCAAGGCCAAGCUUUCUACUCAUCCGCUCGAAAACGUUUUUCCUGAGUACAGUGGGGGUAACGAUGUCGAUCGAGCUGCGAAAUACAUCCUUUGGCGCUUUAACCAGGUCAACAAACAGAAUCUGUCAAUACAUUCACACCUCGUUGACUUCAAUGAUCCGAACAUCCUCCGGCUGGUAUUUGCUUCCAUCGAACAAACUCUCAUGGAAAAUACAUUAGGGAGUUUAGAUAUUAUCUAG